GCGGGCGGGGCGGAGCCGCUCCCGCCCCAGCAGCGCCAUGGCGGCGGCUCGGUGACACCGCUCUCCGCGGCCGGCCGGACACCGCAGGUUUUCUUCACGAGUGGAGUGUGAGAAAUAGAGGCUGAAGAUGAGUGAGCUGGAGCAGUUACGGCAGGAGGCAGAGCAGCUGCGAAACCAAAUCAGAGAUGCCAGGAAAGCCUGUAGUGACACAACUCUUGCUCAGAUCACAACAAGUCUGGACUCCGUGGGUCGAAUCCAAAUGCGAACCCGGCGCACGCUCAGAGGUCACUUAGCCAAAAUCUAUGCCAUGCACUGGGGAUCUGAUUCCAGGCUACUAGUCAGUGCUUCUCAAGAUGGAAAAUUAAUUAUUUGGGAUAGUUACACAACAAAUAAGAUGCACGCCAUCCCCCUGAGGUCCUCCUGGGUGAUGACCUGUGCCUACGCUCCCUCGGGCAACUACGUGGCGUGCGGGGGCCUGGACAACAUCUGCUCCAUCUACAACCUGAAAACCAGGGAGGGCAACGUGCGCGUGAGCCGCGAGCUGCCGGGCCACACAGGAUACUUGUCCUGUUGUCGCUUCCUAGAUGACAACCAAAUUGUCACUAGCUCAGGAGACACCACUUGUGCUUUGUGGGACAUAGAGACUGGCCAGCAGACCACCACGUUCACUGGGCACACUGGAGAUGUGAUGAGCCUCUCCCUGAGCCCAGACAUGAGGACUUUUGUCUCGGGCGCCUGCGAUGCCUCCUCGAAGCUUUGGGAUAUCCGCGAUGGGAUGUGCAGGCAGUCCUUCACGGGGCACGUGUCAGACAUUAAUGCAGUUUGUUUUUUCCCCAACGGCCACGCGUUCGCCACGGGCUCCGACGACGCCACGUGCCGGCUGUUCGACCUGCGCGCGGACCAGGAGCUGAUGAUGUACUCGCACGACAACAUCAUCUGCGGCAUCACCUCCGUGGCCUUCUCCAAGAGCGGCCGCCUGCUGCUCGCCGGCUACGACGACUUCAACUGCAACGUCUGGGACACCCUCAAAGGGGAGAGGGCAGGUGUCCUGGCUGGCCAUGACAACCGUGUCAGCUGUUUAGGUGUUACUGAUGACGGCAUGGCUGUAGCUACAGGGUCUUGGGACAGUUUUCUCAGAAUCUGGAAUUAACUGGGAGCCAAACAUGUACAUUCUCCAUUUGAGAUCUGGAGAGAUCAAUGCUGCAGCCUAUAGCUGUGAAAUAACAUUUCUACCUUGUAUUUGCAGGUGAAGUUUUUCUAUUCACUGAUUAUUACACAAAAAGGCUUUCUGUAAACUAGAAAAAAAAAUCAAGUGAAGUAAUAGGGGAGGGGGGAAGAAAUCACUGACUUUUUAAAAGGGGCCAGCACACAUAAUCAUGGUGACCGACAAACUAAGAGCCAGUCUUUUUGUUUUUGGUGGUUUGGUUAGAUUGUCCUUGAAGGGUUUUUGCUUGUGCUCAGUCUGCUAAUCCUGUACUUUUUUUUGUACAUAACAGAAUAUACACAUUAUAGCAGCCAAUCAUGUAACAUUUGUCUGUAUGUAAAGAAAUAUGUUUGCAUUUUUUAUGGAAUUACAUUUAUAGCUUUGCUUUUAACCUGAGAUGUCACUUCUGAGUUUUGUAGUGGGUGAACUAGAUUGCUGUUUUAAAUGUUUUUGUGAAUUUACUGUAGAUAAAGUGAAGCCAAUGGUAUGUAUGUGUUUUUUAUAAUGGAAGGCAUUUGAAUUUUUUUUAAAGGCCCUGGAGACUCCCAGUUAAUACCUACAGCCUUAUUCACUCACUUCUUGACCUGCUUGCCUGUUUUUGAUCAGGGGGUUCUUCCUUGAAGCCAGUGGUUCCUGGUUCAUCCAUUGGCAGUCAUGACCUCCAAACACCCAGGAGUUAAUGCCAGGUAGACUUGCACCAACAGCAGAAAUAAUUGGAAAAUAAAGUAAAUCCAGAUGUUUUAGCUUCCUCCCUGCAGGCUUUUGCAUCAGUUAUUCCAUGCAGUCUGUGGGUACAGAAGCCAAGUGGCCAAGUGCCGUGGCCAGCUCAGCUCUGGCCACACGUGUGGGUUUGGCUCCUCACAAGCUGCAGCUGAUGUGCACUCCCAGUGCCUUGGCUGCUGCUCAGAGCCCAGAGCAGUGUGUGCAGAGAUUGCUCAUUCCACACCAACUGAGAAAUUCAGGACUUUGCUUCAAUUCCUAAGGAGGAUUUAACUGUGCAGUUAAUUGCUUGUAAUUCCUCUCCAAAUUCAGGGGUUGCCAAAGCACUCCACAGCCAAAAGUGCUUGUUGUUAGUUCUGUGCAGUGUGAAUUACCAAAGGAAUUGUGUAACUUAACUGCACCUGUGUGACCCCUGAAAACUUCCCUGAGGAUAUGUGCUUGUUCUGUGUGCUCUGAGGGCUGUGCCAUGGGGGUUUAGUGAUGCCAGAUAUUCUGCAGCUCCAACACUGUAAAUGGCCAUUUCUGCUCCUUUCCUGAUUUGAUUCUGAUUUUGCUGUCAGUUGUUUAGAAAUCUCACCAAGUAAGUUCAUGCAGAGACAGGAAAAUCAUGUGACUGAUGCCCAUUUGAAACUGCCCAGGGAGGAUGCUGAACUUUUUGGUGCCUGGCAGCAUGUCUGCACUCCCAGUGGAUGUUCCCUUGGGAAUCUGAACAUCUGUGGCUAUUUUGGAAUGGGGGAUUAAGUCUAUUGGCUUCUCUUAAGUGACUUAUUUUAAAGAUAAUGUGAAUUUUAAAUCACCAGGUUGGAAGAUGAUGUUAGCUGUCUUUCAUUGGAACUGAUGAGGAGUCUGGGUGUCUCUGGGUCAGGUAGGAAAGAGAAGGACCCAGAAUCCUGUAGUAUAUCCAAAGGAUUUCUGGCUGAGAUGACUUCUGUCAAGUUUCUGACAUUUUUUAAUCCUAAACUUCAGUACUUCCAGACUGUGCCUGUAAACUCGCCAUGUCUAUAAUGGUGAAGGUGCCAAUAAAUGUACCAGUCAAUCACGGUAAAUUCACUUUUAAAAUAAGAAAAAGGCGCUUCUUAUACUGGAGAAGGAACAUUUCCUAACAGCAGCCUGUGGUGUAGGACCAAAAUCCCACUGUAUUGUGUCUCACAGCAAUUCCUCAGUGUUUUGCUUUGUGAUCUGUCUGCAUUUAUAGAACUACUAUGGAAUUCUUGUAACUCUCUAAAGUGAGCAGCUCUUUGGGAUCUUGCAGACUCAGUUUAUUUUUUAGUGGUGCACUUGAUUAUUUUUUUUAACUCACAGCUGCCUUGAGUGAAUCAUUCUGGAAAUUUGUUACUAAGGAAUUUUAAGAAAAUAUUCUUUUUCUAAAAGAAUUCUUUUCCAUAGAAGUGUGUUUUGAACCAAUUUCCUAGUCAACACCUUUGCUGAGACAGGUGCCAUUUUUACAUUCUGGUAUUAAAACUGGUUUCUACCUGUGAAACUCCAAAACCAAUUUUACAGCUGUAUAUAACUUUUCUUACCAGUUCAGGUAGCCUGUAACAGUGGUAAUGGCUCUUGUACAGGUAUUACUGCAAAUAACUUCACUGUCAUUGUUGGAUGGCUGUUGCCUCUUGGAUUCAGCUGCUUUUAAAGUAAAUCCUAAGGAAUGCCAACUACUUGCUGAGGUGUCCAACAGCAUCACAGAGCUCUGCUGCCUCUGCUCCUCGCUCAGCCGGGUCUGAGGGGCUCUGCUGUCAGCACACGGGACCUGGGGGAAGCCCGAGCGCGGCGGGGAAUCGGCGUUGGUGCAGCUUUGGGCCUGGAGGAAGCUGUGACAGAUCCUGCCCAGGUGAUGGUUGCUGUUCAUUCCUGCCCUGGCUGUGGGUUGUUUUCCAAGCCUGCAGAUUCCAGUACCACAGCUACUGUGUGGUGCCACAGAAUGACUCAGGCUGUGACAUUCCCUUCUUUAGGCUGGCAGGGACCUCUGGAGGUCGAUGCCCCGGCUCAAGUGGAGGUGGCUUUUAUGGUAAAAGCUCAAACUCCUCCUAAAAGAAGGAAGGUAAUGAAAUGACCCUUGAUAGG